AAAACUAUGUUAUAAAUGGAUUCUAUUAUUCUUUCAGGUAAUAAUAACAGCCUCAUCGACCAACCUGAUCUGAAAUUAGAAGUUCGGCCGAAGAGAUGCCGUCAACUUAAGGGCGGAGAGAAAAAGUGCAAACAUCCUGUUGCGAAAAUACGACGACCGCCGAUCGCCUUCAUGCUCUUCUCGAAUGAAUGGAGGAAGAAGAUUGCUAUCAAACAUCCAGGAGAGAGCAACAGACAGAUCAGCGUGAGACUUGGCUUAAUGUGGAAGGCAAUGGAAGGAGUGCAGAAGAUCGAGUAUUUUACCCUCGCCCGUCAGGCGGACGCCGAGCACAAGAAGAAAUAUCCCGAUUAUGUCUACAACCCAAAAGAGGUCCGCAGACAAAAGCGCCUUCGAGAGCAGGCCCGUGGUAAAAAAUUGAGACGCCUCACGACGGCGCAGACCAGCAGCGCCCGUCCGAUGCCUGCCGAAGAACAUCAAAGAGAAGGAAGAUUCCCACGCACACAAGUUGUCGCUUUGUCAGAGCCCACUAAUCCAACAUUUUCUGAAUUUGAGGGACAAAACCAAAUCGGGGAAAAUUCACCGCCUUCUAAGACCCAGUCGAGCACAGCAGAAAUUACGGGCUCACUGAAUUUCUUUUGUGACGUCACCAGAGGUGCAGAAGACGCAAAUGUUCCUAUUCCAGCUUUUGAGCAAGAUUUUGGUUCGGCAGAAUUUGGCCCUAAUUGUCAACAAGUACUCUGUGUACUUUUCUGCGAUCUACAUUAUAUGAUAUGA